UUAAAAAUAUUUUUAUAUUAAAAACGAAAUUUCAAUUAAAUAAUAAAAAAUAAGCAUCACACAAGUUAUUUUUAUACCAAAAUUUCAUUUAUAAAAUGGUUAAAUUUGUUAUUCAAUGAUCAAGAAACAAAGACAAACGCUCUAGUGCCGCACUCUAUCGGUCGAUUGUUCAAAUAUUCUGUAGAUCGCUACAAGUUCUUUUUCUCUGUUUCAUCUGUAUAUAUUCUCUCGUAUUUUUCUUUAGUCCAUCGUUCCUUCUUUUUUUUCUCACAAAAAAGAAUUUCAAAGGCAAUAUCCUGCAUUAUUUCCUUCUUCUAUUAUUUUCAAAUUUAUUAAUUUUACCGUUCUUCUUUUCUUCCAUAACGAAAACCACCUAUCUCUGUUUCUUCACUUUAUAAGCGUAUCAUUGCUUCUCUCUACAAUUCUCCCUCUCUCUUAGCUCUCUGGUCGGCUCUUCGCUAGUUCGUCCUGCGAGGGGAAUACAGAGGUAACAGGGAGCGUGUACAGGAGACGAAGCCAGUGCAGUCUCGAGCCUCGCGUCGAUCGCAACGGAUUUCAUUAUUCCUCGGCUCUCUCCAUGCUCGACUGCCUCUUUCCAGAGUAACGAACCGCCGGCAGGUGUGUGGUGCAGUGGCGAUAAUAAAACACGUGAAAAUAAUCCUCUUGGCUAGAGGAAUGUGGAAACGUUCUAUUCGAAAGAGAUCGAUCUAUUCCACAAAAAUUAACAUCGUGGAAUCGAUGAUAAUAAAAUAAUCAGAAUUCUUAAAGAUAUCCGUUCAACCAAUAAUAUCAGAAAGUAAAUUUGAGGAGAGAAUUUAAUAACUUUAUCUCUAUGUGAUAAAAAAUAUUUAAAUGACAGGAAUCGGUUGCGUUAAUCAAAUUAACCUCACAAGAAUACGAUGAUGAUUGUUUUAUCUUUACGACAACCACGAGAAUCUUAGAGACUUUAGAGUCUCGUAAAUGAUCGAGAAGAAUUAUUAUCGAAGUAUCAUCCAGAUUUUGGGGAUGUCGAUCUGCGCGAGAUGGACUUUAUGGCCGGCAAGAACGCGUUUUCGACGCUAUCUGACGAGUAUCGCGUGCUACCGGAAGUGUUGAUGAUGAACGAGCCGGAUCCACGAGGUAGAUCGAACUGGUGAUUUCGAAAACGAAUUCCGGUGCUUCUUGAAAAGUGAUAUUUUUGACUUUUCAUUUAUCGUUUCCCUUUCUCGUUUACGCUUGACUCGUUCUUUCGUAAGAAGAGUGAAAAAGAUUUACUUUUGUUCUUGUCGAUAUCGUAAAAAAAGAUCGGAUAUCUCAACAUCGUCUUGAUAAUUAAACGAUUUUUUGGUGGAAAACGGUGAUCAGACAGCCAUGGACUGGCGGGGAGUCGCAUUGGCAUUUUUAUCGAUCACAAUAGCGAGACACAGCACCAUACGCGCGGCCCAAAUACCCCAGCAACCGCCUACGUCGACCGUUGGGAUAGCGAGCACUGUGCAGAUCGAGUGUGCGAGUGAGUCGAUAAUCGUGUACAUCUCGACCGAGGGAAAAACGGAUUUCCAUGGUCUGGUGUAUCCUAGGGGGUUGUCGAAGAAUAGCUCUUGCCUGCAAGAGUAUAGAAGCCAACCCACCCCCAUAACUUACAACCUGCCGCUCAGGUCUUGCAACACCAUGCCCACGCAAUUGGACGACGGAGGUAUCGAGUACUUCAACACGAUAGUAGUCCAGCCGCACCUGAAGCUGGUCACGAAUCAGGGCAGGGGUUUCCACGUGAGAUGCCGAUACCAAACGAGAGACAAAGUGGUAACGAACGAUCAAACCCACGUGGCCAUGCUGCAAUCCCUACCGCUCCAGGCAACGGCUCCCAUGCCGGGAUGCACGAUGAAGAUCUUCAGCGGGGAUCCAACGAGGCAUCAAGUGGCGGAAAACGUGAAGAUCGGGGAUCCUUUGACCUUGGUCAUUAACAUCGACAAACAGGAAAUGUUCGGCCUCAAGAUAUCCGACUGCCUGGUGCGCGACGGGUUGGGAUGGGGCGAGCAGAGGCUCAUAAACGACCAAGGAUGCCCGGUCGACGGUGAAAUCAUGGGAGAAUUCACGUACAACGAGGAUAAAACGGAGGCAAAGGUCGAUUUCCAGGCGCACAAGUUCCCUUAUACAGCGAGCGUCUACUAUCAAUGCAACGUCAGAUUGUGCGUGAAACACGAUGGAGGAUGCAGCAACACGCCGCCGGCGUGUAAUUCGAUAUCCAGACGACGGAGGGACACUGUCAACGACGAUACGGUGAAAGGUGUGGAGGGGCUGGACGGAGGGACGCCGGCUACCAUCGAGGUUUACAGCGGUUUGUACGUGAACGAAGCGUCGGACGUUGCUUCCAAGUCGGACUUCACCGACGACGUGUUCAGAGAAAGGACUAUCGACGAUCCGAACAGCUUCUGCAUAUCGCAAAGGAGUUUCGCCAUCGGCAUCGCGAUCGCGGGUCUGAUCCUCAUGCUGGCGGUGGUCGCGGCUAUUUUGGUACUGUUGACCAAGAGACGGCACAAGACCGUAUCGACCACGGGCUCGUCCAUUUACAGCGGACCUUACACGAACACGGCGUACAGUCACAGCAGUUAAACUGCUGCAGCAAAAAAGCGUGGGGAGAGGAUACCGCGCUAUUCGAUAGCGAGGCGACGAAUGGUCUAUUAUUAUUAAAAUUUGACCAAUAAUAUAAUUCUCUACGUUAUACGACCUCGGUGUGUACAACGUCAGCGACGAGAUGUACGAAGAAUUUUUAGGUGGAAUUUACAAGAGAUUUUUGCUCAAACUGCCUUUUGCUAAUUAUCGCUUCUUCGAGGAGAUAGCUGAGAACACGAUAGGUCUGAAUACGUGAUUUCCAAUUCGUCGAUCCACAAAUUUGUUAUCUUUUUAUUCUAGAGAUCUUGCCAUCCUUUCUUCCGUUACAACUCGUUUAAUUUUCGAAUUUAUCUCUUAUCUGUUAUCGUCAACUUGUUCUUUUCUAGAACCACGUAUUGGGACCUAAAGUAAGUUUUAGAGAAAUCCAAGCCUAGCCCGAAAAAAAUUCAAACGAAGCGACACGAAUCCUUAGGAUUAACUUUAAUAUAUAUAUAUAUAUAUUAUAUUAUUAUUAUAUUAUAUAUUAUAUACAUAUUGUAUACUAGUCCGGUAUACGCUGUCCUAGCUAACAUAGCAGCCGCACUAAAAACAGAAGGCGCACAUCACGCGAAAAUAUUCUCUCUGUCUUCGUUGCUCUUCUACUAAUUUAACUUUAAUCACCAGCGCAGAACGACUCACUCUAGCGUUCGAAGUGAAGUCGACAGAGAUACCUUUCAAACGAAUCAAACGGCCCGAUGAUUUUUACCGUCCUUCCUCUCCCUCUCCCAACUUCCGUGAACAAGUAUCGACAUAUUUUCUGUGUCGCGUCUACGACGAAUCCUUUCCAACUAUUUAUAUAGUCACCGUCUUCCUUUCCUUUCUCUUUUUUUCUUCUUUAAACUAAUUUCGUAGACAAAGAAAUAAUCUCUGAAGCGCGUGGAGCUUGGUUAAAUCGUGAGGUUUUUUUUUUUUUACGUCUUUUUACCGUAAAAAUUUCACUAUAUAUGCGUAACGCCCUUCUGGCAGACCAGCUCCUGAUUAAUCGAUCAGAGACAAGUUUCGAACCAAUCGAGGCAAAUUUAUGUAUAGAUAUGCAUAUCGGUUAUUAUAAGUACGUUCGACUAUGUGCUUCGAUGUUAAGCGAGACCGAGUCCCGUUGCCGUGAGAGGCGAGAAGAAAUGUUGCACGAGUCGAUCAGAUUCACACCAAAGAUUGUGAAAAGGUGUUUGAAAAAAGUUAUUACGAGCUGGACGCAUCCUCGCACUCUCGGCUACGGGACACUCGCAGCGAGUGUGGCGAUAAACGAGUGUAUAAUCCAUUAUAACGCUUAAACCGUAAACUAGUUUCCAUUGAAUCGAGGUGCUGCUCCCCGAUAUCGGUACCUUUCCUCACGGGUUACUUCCGAUUUUCAGUUGAAAAAUAAACGUAAGAUAAAAUAUCUCUCGACCAACAACGUUAUUGUUCACACGUCGAAAUUGGAAGUACCUAUUUUUAUCGUUUUCUUCGAUUCCUUUGCGAUAUGAAAAUUAAUCUCAAAAACAAGAGCAGAUGUAUUGAUAGUAGAUGUAAUAACUUUUUUUUUUUGGUAAAAAUACGAAUCGAAAAACGUGAGGCCGUACCGAUGUUUCGUGUUUUGCGUGGAGCGUUCUUUUUCUUUGUUUAGUUUUAAUUUGUGAAGAAAAAAAAAACUGGCGUAACUGGGUCCAACGUGGUGGUGGGUACAGAUCGUAAAAAUUACAUUUAAAUAGAACAGAGGGGGGGAAAAAAAGAAGAAAGAAUGGACGUGCAAACGUGUAACACUCGUAAUUUAUGAGCUAUUAUUCGAAAAAAAAAAAUAUGCGGAGAAAAAUGUUGAUUCGAUUUACAAGGAAUGGUUAUUUUCUGACGAUCGUUCAAAACUUCAAUAGAACACGAUUACAAUUGUAAUUUAUCGUGAAAUUAUGCGAUAGAAUAAUUUUAAUUUUGUAUCGAAUGUAAUUUAUAUUCAAAACGUUUAUUGAUUUUAAGAAUUUAAAUUUCUAACGUUAAGAUAAAUAAAUUUUUAUCCAAAAUAAUCAAUAAUUCUUCGUCACAAUAUGUUAGAAAUUUAAUAAUUUUUUAUAAAGUGCAAUAAUUUUGAAUGAUCAAUAAUAUCAAAAAUUUUUGUCAUAGAUCAAAAACUUCCGACGAAUAUAUAACAAACGAGCGUUAUCGUUUCGUCGUAUUCGUGGCAUUGGUUCAUAGCGACAUUGGGGAUAAAAAUGUCUGUAUAAACUUCUUUUUGUAAGGAUACGCGAUUUUUCUCUAGAUCCCGCAAUGUUUCUCUGGACCCUUGUCCAAAACUUACAACGAACUUGUGUAAAUAACGAAAACGUAAUAAAUCUUAUAAUCAUAAAUAAA